GUUCAGCUUUAGGUUUUAGCUUAUCUAAAAGUCAUUGAAUCUUUUUGAAUGUUGUAGAUCUAGAAAUCUAUUUUAGAUCUAGAUCUAGAAUUAUAUAUAUAGAUCUAUAUCUAGCAAUGUCAAGAUCUAGAUCAAGAAUCUGAAGUGUCUAAUUUUAUUUCUUGAUAAUUAUAUUAAUCUAGAUAGACCUAUAUCAUAAUCAUAAUAUCAUAUCUAUUCUAAUUUAAAUUAGUUAACAAUCAGUUACAAUGUCAGCGACUUUUCGAUAUCGAUUGGGUCAUAAAUAUUUUUUAAAAGCAAAAUCUCUACUGCCGCAACUCCUGACAACUGAAGAUAGUGCAGGGUCAGUCUCUAUGUGCUAUGAAUCAAAAAGACAAUAUGUAUGGGCUCCACAUUUGUAUCAAGCACAGGAGGAAGCGGUUGCAAAGUAUGGAGGACGACACACAGUGACUCUCAUGACUGGUGAUGGGGUAGGACCAGAACUGCUUUCUCAUGUACAGGAAAUAUUUAGAUAUGCUGGUGCACCAAUAGACUUUGAAAUAGUAGAAAUUAAUGCUUCUACCAAUACUCCAAAAGAUAUGGAGAAUGCUUUGCUUUCAGUAAAAAGGAAUGGAGUAGCACUGAAAGGCAACAUUGAGACAAAGUUUGAUGAUCCUUCUUUCAAAUCUAUGAAUUUGGCUUUAAGAACUAAGCUGGAUUUGUUUGCUAGCAUUGUGAAGUGCAAGUCUAUUCCAGGCAUUCCUGUCCGACAUCAAGAUGUGGAUUGUGUUUUGAUUAGAGAAAACACAGAAGGAGAAUAUAGGCAGCUGGAACAUGAGAAUGUGCCAGGUGUUGUGGAGAGCCUGAAAAUUAUUACUGCAGCUAAAAGCUUAAAGAUUGCCAAAUUUGCAUUUGACUAUGCAGUGCAACAUGAACGAAAGAAAGUAACUGCCAUUCAUAAAGCUAACAUCAUGAAGCUGGGGGAUGGUUUAUUUUUACAGUGCUGUAAAGAAGUUUCUAAAGAGUAUCCUAAUAUAGAUUUUAAUGAUUUGAUUAUUGAUAAUGCCAGUAUGCAGAUGGUGUCUCGUCCCAGUCAGUUUGAUGUUUUGCUCAUGCCUAAUCUCUAUGGCAACAUAUUGGGUAACAUUGCUUGUGGUCUUAUCGGUGGAGCUGGUGUGGCUGCAGGAAUGAAUAUUGGAGAUAAAUAUGCUGUCUUUGAGUCUGGCACUCGCAAUUCUGGUAGAUCGUUGAAGAAUAAAAACAUAGCGAAUCCUACUGGGAUUCUUCUUGCAAGCUGUGACAUGUUAACCUACUUAGGACAUUCGGAUCAUGCAAAGAUCAUUAGAGAAUCUGUUUUGACUGUGAUUAGUGAUAAACAGAUUCGAACACCAGAUAUUGGAGGUACUUCUACGACAAUGGACUUUAUUAAGGCUAUCAUUGAUGACAUUAGGCCUAAAACUUUAGCAUGGAGAUUAUGAGAAAAUUCUUGAAAUGAGAUGUGAUCCUCUUGUGUUUUCUGUUAAAUAACUGUUCUGGGUAAUGAGAGAGUCAACUGACAGCUUGCAGACAGGCAACAUCUUUUCAGAUUUGCUAUUAAGUCUGAGGAGAAUCUCAUUAUGAUCUUUAUGUUUUGUUUAUAACAUUGCUUAUGUUGUUGAUAAUAAGAAUAUAAUUGUAGCUGCCUUUAUGUACCAAUAAAAUUGGUAUUAGGUAUAAUAAAAAAUUUAUCAUAGAAUGUCUGUAAAAUGUGUAUAGAAGGAAAUAAUGUGUAAUAAUUUAUUAUGUAAAUAAGUUACUUUCUUUUCCAUUCACAUGUAUUCAUAGUUAUUGCAUUUUAAAACUGAUUUUUUUUUUAAGCAUAAAAAAAAAGAGUUAAAAAACUGUCCAUAUUAAAAACACUAAUUUCAAAAGCAAUGUCUGUGAUUCUCUUGUCAUCAAACGAAUAGAAAAUGAGAGUAACAUUGUUGUUUUCCAAUUCA